AUGGCUUUGCAUUUGGGACUCCUCAAACCUCCACCUGUAAUCACCAACUCCACAUACACAAUGGCCCCACACGCACUACAGAGACUCAAACGAAGAAUGAGCAAUGUUGCCGAGAAACUCAAAUUGAAGCUUGGAAUUGCGGACCCCCCUUGCCGCGAGAGCACUCUCGACUCCACGGAAACCGGCGCUGCCACCGUAUCCACUCUCGCCGUGCCAACAGGCCGGCCGUUUCUUGGGAGCGCAGAAGUACAUGUGCCCUGUUCGCCUUUCGUGGGAAGCGAGGAUCUCGCCGGUCUGGCGACGCUCUCAACGCCAACAGCUCAAGCUAGGGCAUGGGUGUAUAGUCCCAGCGUUUAUAGCAGGCCAGCGUCUUGGGAGUACGACGGAAGCCCACCAACUCCUCCACCAACACAAGGUCGGCGACCCACUCUGGCAGACUACCAGCUGGGGCUCACUCUCGCCGGUGAUAGCAGGCGUAGACCCUCGACGAGCUCUGCCAUGGGCUUGGCCAGCAUCGCGGAACUCGAAGCGCUUCGUGGGGAUGAUCGCAAGCUCAGCAAGGUCAAUGCCAUGGACGAAGCCGGAGACACGGUAAUGGGCAAGGCGAUGAAGCGACACAUCGACGAAAAAGCACUUUUCCGCUCGGAAAGCAAGCGACGAGAGAGCGCGGCACAACCUCUGCCAGUCUUUACCAGUCCAUCAUUCGGAGGCAGUGGCGUUCCGGCUGUAACAGAAGAGGAGGAAGACGAGGCCGUCGCUGAGGAGCAGGAGGAGAUACCAGCCACUCCAGGAGAACACCAGCUGAAUACACGCGCUCCAGGACGCGCCAGCUCAAUGCACGAGUAUUCCAGCCCACAGCGCGAGCACUACUCACCAGUCGACUACUUUCCAGAUGAGCCCACCAACAUAAUCUCGACCAAGGUAUCGGAACGGACGCCAGUGUCUUCUCACUCCAAGAAGAAGUCGAAAAUUCCCCGAAUUGGCACCUGUCUACCAUCGUGGACCAAGUUCCCAUCGCACACCCGACCAGAUCGCAGCGCUUCAGCGAGCACACUAGACAACGUCAUCACUCGAGACUUCGCCGUGGACAUAGAAGCCGCAGAAAGCCAAUCAGCAGCCACCUCACCAAAAGGCAAGAAAUCCCGUCUCACCAGCUCAAAGUCUGCAAAGUCCCUCAUCAGAUCGCCGUCCAGAGCUUAUGACGGGUUCAUCGCAUACUACACCGAUCUCCUCACCCGCGCUGGCUUCCACGGCCAGAACCGUCGUACCUCAGUCGCGAUGAGCCAGGGCACCUUACUCAAUCCCGAGCUCGAGAUGAUUGCCCCUGUCACCGGAUCGGAGGGCCAUGUCCACUCAUACCAGCAUCUUUUGGAGAUCGAACAGCAUCUCGAGCAGGUCAGCAGCAGGACAGAACCCAGCGGCGAAUUGUUCCGCCAGGACAGUUUCAAGAGCUUUCACUUCAAACAGCACGUUACAACUCCUGAGGAUACCGUUGAGGAGGAGCAAGACCCACUUGGACCGUGA